CAGAAACCUGUUUAAAAAUACGAUUCUCUUUACCAUUUCUGAAUUAAUCAAAACAUUCAUUUGCAAAGCAUCCUCUCAUCAUCACUCUCAUGGGAAAGAACAAUCACAUUGGUCACUGGGGACCACCCACAUCCUCCAUUGACUGGUGCGAAGACAACUACGUGAUUUCGUACUACAUCGCAGAGUUUUUCAACUCGUUUUCGUCUUUUGCCAUGAUCCUGCUCGGCGAAGCUGCCUAUUACUCCAUCAACCGUCUCGAGUCAUCUAUGAUCUACAACCCCCAAACAUCUUCAUCUUCAUCCUCCUCCUCCUCCUCCUCCACCUCAAACGUAAACUCAGCCCCAAGUCUCUUCCGUUUCAAAUUAGCCUUCCGUACCAUCACAGUAGUGGGCAUCGGCUCCUUCCUCUUCCACGCCACUCUCCUCCACAAGAUGCAGAUGUUGGAUGAACUUCCAAUGCUCUAUUCUGUCCUGGCUCUAUUUUACUGUCUCAUCGAAUCCAGAUUAGGUCCACAACCCAAAUGGUUUCCUCUCCUUUUGACCGCUCAUGGGAUCCUGGUGACUUUUUUAGUGGCCUUCACAUCAGGAAAGACCCAGUUUUUUGUAUUCCAUACCACAUUCGGAUCCCUGGAGUUUGCUGCCUUGUUUUUGAUCUACAAAGUUUACAGUGUCCGUAAACAAGAAUAUCCAGAUGUGAAACGAACCUUCGAGAUUGGAAUCGCAUUCUAUGCCGUGGCUGUGGCUGUUUGGAUGACAGAUUUGAAUUUCUGCGAAACAUCCUUGUUGGCAUGGUGGCCAUGGCCAUGGUCAUUUCCAACAUCAACGUCAACAACGUCAUCAUCAUCAUCAUCAUCAUCAUCAUCAUCAUCAUCAUUAUCGACCAAAGAAUGGAUUGUUAAGGAUCUAUACCUUCAUGCAUGGUGGCAUACAUUUGUCAGUAUAGGCCUGUAUCUCCUCUCUACUGUCAUCAUGUUGGAUGGGUUGAUUGUUCAAGGUUGGAAGCCAAAAAUUGAAAUGAAAGCCGGUGGGUGGUUACCGACCGUAACCAUAGUUGGUAAAAUUGAUGGUGCGGGUGCGGGUGCGUCUGCCGCCACAACAUCCUCAUCCAAGAAGAAGAAUUAGUUAUUAUUACUACUAUUAUUAUUUUUUCUGUGUCCUUUUUUUCUUCCUCUAAGUGUAGACUAUUUAGAAUAAAAGAAAAU